UUGUCUUUGAAUUUAGAACGCCCUCUGCCGCACACAACAAGAGAUCUUUGCUGAAAGAAGCCUGUGAAAGAAUCCUCUAGAGAGUAGGCAUAGAAUCUCCGGUACCAAAAUCUUUGCGUGAUAUUUCAUUCGUUUUUCCGAAGCAAAUACAUACAACUGACAAGAUGUGUGACCGCAAGGCGGUGAUCAAGAAUGCUGACAUGAGCGAGGAGAUGCAGCAGGAUGCUGUGGACUGCGCGACGCAAGCGCUUGAAAAGUUCAACAUUGAGAAGGAUAUUGCUGCGUUCAUCAAGAAGGAAUUCGACAAGAAAUACAACCCGACGUGGCACUGCAUCGUCGGGCGCAACUUCGGCUCGUACGUGACGCACGAAACCCGCCACUUCAUCUACUUCUACCUCGGCCAGGUCGCCAUUCUCCUGUUCAAGAGUGGUUAAACCCCCUCCGCACACUUCGCUCUAAAUUUUUUGUUGUUAGGAUGCAGUAUUACCGGGCCCGCGUGCCUCGCCUCGGGGUCGGGACAGCGGGGGUCGCUUACAUUCCUACAGCAGCCAGUGCGAGCUAGCGAGGCGGGGCGCGCGGCCCGCGUGUGAGAGAGCUCGCCGGGCCGCCGGCCGCGCCGGCAGCCCGCGAGGCACUGUGUAAAUGUACUGUGUUUAGCUUAACUUAAGAUUCAAUAUUGACUUGUGGUAAACAUUCACUUUUAGUGUAUAUUUAUAUUAAAGAAAAUUUUAGUUAAUUAUUCCUAGACUUUAGUGUGAAAGUCAUAUGUUAGUACCUAACUAAAUCUAUUGUUUACUUUCUUUGUUGAUACAUUCACUGGAGAUAUUUUCACUACUUCUAUUAUUAAACUUUCUUACAAACCA